AAUUAUAGUAGUAAACAUGAAUUAACAAUACCCAUAUGAUUAUCCAACUGUAAAGCAAACCCACAUUGGAUACCUACUGAUACACAAAUGAAGAUCCCUGUCAAUUCCAUGCCCAUUUGUUCUUCUUCAUUUCUUGUUACCAAACCAAACCCACUAACCUCCAAAAACCCAAACCACCCCACCAUGCCUUCAAGACCCUUAGCUCCAACUCCUAGCUUCACUUCUCCAGCUCCAAGUUUCUUCACCAGAACCAGGGUCUUGUUCUUGACCCUGACCAUCUCAGCUUCCAUUGUUAUAUUCCUCUCAAUCCUUUACUUUCUUUAUCACAUCUGGCACUCCCUUGUACACAGAGCUAAAACCAUCCCCUUUGACUCCAGUGCUCCUCUCAAGCUCCAAAGAUUCUCAUACAGAGAGCUAAAGCAAGCCACCAAUGCCUUUGACACUGCCAAUGUCAUAGGCAAAGGUGGGUCAGGUACUGUGUUUAGAGGAAUACUCAGAGAUGGUAAACUCAUCGCUAUAAAGCGUUUGGACACUCUUUCUUUGCAGUCAGAGAGAGAGUUCCAGAAUGAGCUGCAGAUUCUUGGUGGCCUAAGGUCACCAUUUUUAGUCACACUAUUGGGAUACUGUGUGGAAAAGAACAAAAGAGUGUUGGUUUAUGAGUAUAUGCCCAAUAAGAGCCUGCAAGAAUCACUUUUUGGAGAUGGGUGUUUGGGUUUGAGUUGGGAAAGGAGGUUUGACAUAAUAUUGGACGUUGCUAGAGCUCUAGAAUUCUUGCACCUUGGAUGUGAUCCACCAGUGAUUCAUGGUGAUAUUAAGCCCAGCAAUGUUUUGCUUGAUUCUGAGUGUCGGGCAAGGAUUUCGGAUUUUGGUUUGUCAAGGAUUAAGGUGGAGGGUGAGUUUGGUGUGGAUUUGUUCAGCCAGGACUUGGGGAAGAGCCAAGAGCUUUCAGGGAAUUUGGCUGCAGAGACACCAGCUACUGCUACUCCUGUGGAGAGUGCUCAUGAGGUAGAUUUUGCUCUUGCUUUACAAGCUUCCUCUUCAUCCAAAAAUAGUAAGAUGUCUUAUAAUGUUAGAGCUUUAAACUUGAAUUCUUCGAAUUAUAAUGCUAACAUGGCAAAUGAGAGUGAUAUUAAGCCUUGUAGUGCAAAAGGGAAGGAGGUCUCAGUAGUAGACAUUGGUGGGGAUGAUUGGAAUAAUAGAUUUGUGCCUUAUGAUGAUGACUUUUCUAGCAUUUAUCAUAGUAAGGAGUUGAAUUGUAAUGCAUUUUCGGGUGUUGAUGAGGAGGCUGAUACAAAACAAUGGGGGAAGGAUUGGUGGUGGAGGCAGGAUGGGAGUGGUGAAUUGUGUAGUAAGGAUUAUGUUAUGGAGUGGAUAGGGAGUCAGAUUUGCCCAACAACAAAUCCUGAUUGGGAUGAAGAAAAGAAGAGUGUUCCUGAGCAAAAUAACUUGGAUGAUUCGACUCCGUUAGAUAAAUUAGAAGAUGUGAAUGAUCCCCAAUUACAAGAAAUUGGAUUUGAAGAUCUUGAUAAAGGGUUGGAGAAAAAAGAGUCAAGGGGCAAGAGAAGUCGUAAGAAGAAGCAGAGAAAGAUACAAGAGUGGUGGAAAGAAGAGCACCUUGAUGAGAUUAGCAAGAAGAGUAGUAAGCUUAAAAAUCUUGAAACCAAGUGGAGGAAAGGCUUCAAAAUACCACAUUUUGGUCUUGGUAGACAGUUUUACUUCCAUAGACGAAAGAACUUUGGGGAGCAAUGUCAAAAUGAAUGUGAUCCAAAUGGGGAGUUCAGUUUUAGAAGGGGAUGGAAGAAAAAGAGCAGCCGUUCUAUUGGCAGUGACAUGUGGAGUGGAGAUCUCUUUAGUCGUGAACUUAGCAGUACCACAAGUAUGAGAGGGACUUUGUGCUAUGUGGCACCAGAAUAUGGUGGGUGCGGGUACUUAAUGGAGAAGGCUGAUAUUUACAGUCUAGGAGUUUUGAUUCUUGUGAUUGUAUCUGGUCGAAGGCCAUUACAUGUUCUUGCCUCCCCAAUGAAGCUUGAGAAAGCAAACUUAAUAAGCUGGUGUCGUCAGUUAGCUCAAGUGGGAAAUGUUUUAGAACUUGUGGAUGAGAGGUUGAAAGAUGAUUAUAAUAAGGACCAGGCAGGCUUGUGUAUAAACCUGGCUCUCACUUGCUUACAGAAAUUGCCAGAGUUGCGGCCAGAUAUUGGUGAAAUAGUUAAGAUAUUGAAAGGGGAGAUGGAUCACCCACCACUCCCACUUGAGUUUUCUCCUCCCCCAUCUUCCAAAUUGUUCAGUAGGUCAAGGAGAAAACAGAAGUCAAAUGCAGAGUAAACUCUGGAUCCUAAUGUUGAUUUACUUUUUCUUUACCAUGUCUUAUUGGGUUCAUGCUGAGUGUAAUAUACAGGAGUGAUGAUUGGUAGCUGUUAUCAGUGAACAGAUUCAGCUGCACUCUUGGAUCAUUGAAAGCAGAUAUUUGAGAAAAGCAAGCUGCCAUCUUUGAGAAAUUGCAUUAAAAUUUGGCAGUCAAUUCAUGAAAUAUAAAGUCUUCGAGGGUAUGCAACAAAGUGGAUAAUUUGAGGUGCAUGUUUCUUGGUUCUAUUAUUUGUAGUCGAAGUGCCUUACAAAAUUGAUAUGAAUUGGUAAAGCAAAUUUGAUAGGAAGGAAGACAACGGAUAUAUAUUUGUCUUCAACUUAGUAAAUUUUCAUUUAAGGGAUACUUUUCCUGCUUGUACCGGUAGAGCAGGUAGGUCCACCAUAACCAUAGUAAUUAAUGCGAUUUCUAUUUCAUCAGACAAUUUAUUCCAUAUUUAAAUGCAGAACAUGAUUGCCUCC